AUCGUAGAUUCGAAUAUGCAAAAGGAGCAAUGUGGAAACGGCGGAGGGUCGCAGAAUCCUCGAUAUACGAGUACGAGGAAGGAAGAAGGGGUGCAUGGACCGGUGAGGUCGAACAGGGUUGCUGGGCAUGCGCCGACGUUCCUGUCCUCUCCAGAUACUAUGAGCGGUGGUGUCUACGGCGGAGACGAGGUCGGUGCUAUAAUUUUCGACGUUGGACACCAGAGCCUUCGCGUGGGUUAUGGCGGUGAGGAUACACCGAAGGCUGAAAUUCCGACCACCCUCGGUGUAUGGGAGGACACGAUCGACUCGCCGGACGGCAGUCAAAACGUCAGGAAGCACUACAACAUCGAUGUCACGGCCAUUCAAGUGCGAAAGAAGGAUAUGGAGAUGGUUAGCUUAAUGAAAGACGGUAUGAUCGAAGAUUGGGAGAUGUUCGAGCGUCUAACAGAGUACACGUAUAAACAACGUCUUCAUGCUCUUCCGGAGCAUCAUCCGAUCUUGAUGACCGAAUGUCCCUGGAACACCAGAUUGAAACGGGAGAAAUUGCUAGAGCUGAUGUUCGAGAAAUUCAGCGUUCCAGCGAUGUACAUCUGCAAAAACGCGGUUUUGGCCGCGUAUGCGAAUGGCAGAUCGACGGCCAUGGUCGUAGACAGCGGUGCAACUCACACGAGUGCGGUUCCGGUGCACGACGGUUACGUUAUCACCCAGGGAAUCGUAAAAAGCCCGCUAGGCGGUGAUUUCAUCACGAUGCAAUGCAGACAGUUCUUCGAAGAAAAGGAAAUCGAGUUGACGCCUGCUUGUCUGGUAGCGAGCAAAGAUGUAGUUCGCGAAAGAGAUACACCACGUUGGACCAAAAGGGCUGGACCACAGCCAACGUCUUCCUGGAUGAGCUAUAUGGUCCGAGAGCUGUUGCAAGACUUCCAAAUGAAUUGUUUGCAAGUGUCCGACAGCCCUUACGACGAGGAUGUGGCCAAUACUUUGCCAAUGAAACACUACGAGUUCCCAACUGGGUACAACGACGAUUUCGGCUCCGUCAGACUGAUGAUUCCGGAAGCCUUGUUCGAUCCCAGCAACGUGAAGGGCGUUGGCGCCAGCAUUCUUGGAGUUGGUCCACUCGUCACGACCAGCGUGGGCAUGUGCGAUAUGGAUAUCAGACCUAGUUUGUACGGAAGCGUGGUGGUCACCGGUGGUAAUUCCUGCCUGCAAGGUUUUAGCGAAAGACUGAAUCGAGAUUUAGCCAGCAAAACUCCUCCAAGUAUGAGACUGAAAAUAAUUAGCGCGAACAGCUCGAGCGAGCGUCGUUACGGUGCCUGGAUCGGAGGAUCUAUUCUCAGCUCCCUUGGAUCUUUCCAACAAAUGUGGCUGUCGCGACAAGAGUACGAAGAAUCGGGUAAACUGAUUCUCGAGCGAUGCGCGUGAUCAAAAGCUCAAGCAUCAAUCAAAAUUAUUCUUUGUAAUUAUUUUUGCAAAUCGUCCGACAAUGUUGUACGUAUCUAUUUUGUAUGUCGUCGAGGGGACAGUUUGUUGCUAUUUUUAAGUUUUCUAUAAUCCUUCAGAGCGUAAGGGCCAACGUAAGACAAUACGAGCGACUAAUAUCAAACGGGUUUGCGACAGACGCGUAUAGAGCUUUAGACAAAAUUUCAACAGCAAGGAGAACUUAGUGUAUUUGCCUAGCCUAUUGAAGUAAAACUGAUCGGAGUAAAAGGUGCAAUCCUUGUGGAACUCGCUGAAGCAAAAUCUUCUUUCGAUGAUAGUUAAAACGCUCUUCGCAGGUGAAGCGACGAAUUCUUUCGCUUCGAUUACACGCGUAAGUUACAGCGUAAGUUAGACGUUAGACAACUGUAUGCGGUACGCUUCUAAAAGAAAAAAAUACAGUUCCUAACUGCUCGAACAAUCUUUCGUUUGUAAUUCACGAGCACAGAUUGGUUUACAUAUCAUAAUUGAAGAAUCGAUGAUUCCUAGGGAUAAUGAAUAUGGAGGAAAGAUGGAGCACUGUUUUCGAAAAAGAAUUUUUAUCGUUUAUUUCGAACAUAUUCACAACAAGUUACAUAUUUGAACAAUGUUUCGAUUUCAUUUGUUUUCCACGCUUCGCUGUCGUAAUCGUUCUUUCUCUUAUUUAUUUUCCUUAUACUAAAAAGAAAAAAAAAGAAAUAAAAUACGAUAAAAUAAAAUUAGGAGAACCGCGAACCGCAGAACAUUCAUUUUAGAACGCGUCACAAGCAGUUCCAAUUUUACAACGAUAAAUAUAAUAUAUAUAUAUAUAUUACGGCGUAAUAAACAAUAUAAUAUUUCGUAUAUAAAUAUAUAUAUAUAUAUAUAUAUAUAUAUACUAUAUAUAUUUAUAUCUCAAAAUAAAUGUAGGAAACAGUAUUAUCGGUAUAUCACAUAUACAAUAUGUAUUUAGGAAAAGGCGAAUUAUUUUGCUAGAAGAAUGGAAAGGACCUUUCUCGUAACGGAGACGAAGAAUCGUUCGUCGAAAUUUCCGGUCCUACCGUAUUUACUCUGCGACUUGAUAUUAUAAUACUUCUAAUUAACACUCUCGCGUGUUUCAACAAAUAUCCUUUUGACGAGGAAUGUUUGAAAUUUCGGCCAUGAUUAAAAAUCGAUUGGACGACUUUCUCUUUGCAAAAAAAAAAAAGGAAAUAAUUUUUAUAAACACAACGCACAACCCGUGUUAUGAUAUAUUGUGACGUGGUCAAGCGAAAUACGAAAUUCGUUAUCAUUUUAGCGAAAUAAACCAAGAUAAUCUUGUCAGCAAUAUUUUUGAAAAGGUGUUUAACAUAUGGACACGAGUCGUGCAUAAACAAUAAAAAUAUUGUAAAUCGAACGCUGUCUCGUUCAUCGAAUGCGCCUAUAACGCGUGGCAAAAAUCGAUGUGUUACGCUAACUACGAAUACUGGUGGUCGUUCUUGUUUCGACCAAAUGUUAAACGACGUAUAAACCUACUAGCUAAGAACGCACGAUGAAACGCGUAGCCCAUAACAGAAAAUUUUAGGUCGCGUUUACAAAAGCGUAGCGCUGCGAUAUUCGACAACAGGGGUCGAAUGCUGUUGACGCAUAUGAUAAAUCGAGACGAGAUUUCCUCGUCUAUAUUCAAUUUCUGGUUUUCCUGUUGCGCGAUUCGCUGCUUUUUGCUCUUCUUCUCUGUUAAGGAAGAAGAAACGCGCUGCGAAACGAAAUCAAACUAAUCGUAAAACAAUUCUGUUCCUAA